AUGGAGGAGCCAACUGCAGUAGUACCUGAACCAGGGGAAACACUGGAUAUAAUCUCCAGGGCGGAUUGGAACGCUGUGGGUCCUCCGGAUGGAAGAAUGAUGUUAGCCGCUUCAGUGUUACUGUUUGGCCACACCAAGUCAUACGUGGAGAGGUUGAGAAGGAAUGUACACAACUUUGACUGCAACACCACAGACAGCAACAAAGAGAAAAUGCGAGCGAUGCAGGACUUUGACAGCAGAUAUUUCGGCGACAUAAGAUACAGUUUUCUAAUUGGUGGAGACGGUAAGAUAUAUGAGGGCCGUGGAUGGAACAAGAGUCCCGCAGUACCGAAAAAGUUCCAUAGUCUCGAGGACAGGAGUUUAUUUAUUGCCAUGUUGGAACCCCUUCCAGAUAGAUCAGGUGUCCAAGAAAUGCUGAAUGCGAGAAAUAAACUCAUCAAGGAAGGAAUCUCUCGUGGGUUCAUCAAAGCCAACUGUUUAGAAGUGACAGUGGGUAAUAAAUUGUUUUGGUCUCACUUUAGAUCAUUCCUUUCAAGAAUUUAAAUUAA